AAAAAAAAAAAAAAAAAAAAAAAAAAAAAAGAGAGACGAAACCAAACUACAUCAAAAGCUGCGAUGGAUUCAAGAGAAGCUACGUUUCCAGGCUAUAUGCUCUAUUGCGGCAUCGUCUGUGCGCUGACAUCGUUAUCAAUUGGUUAUGUGAUCGGAUCACCCAAUGUGCCCGAAAGCGCAAUCCGUGGACUCAAAGGCGACUGUGGGCCAAAUCCUUACACUAAAAGUGGUGGAUUCCCUAACUGCCUUGAAUUUUCAAACAUUCUUUGGGGUUUUGCUGUCGGUUCUUUCUGUUUGGGGGCAAUGGCAGGAGGAUUAACUGGCGGUACUAUUCAGAACAUCUAUGGCCGUCGUAGGACCAUGUUCAUCAGCAACAUUUUUUUCAUUCUGGGUGCACUCUUAAUUGCAUUGACAUAUCAUCAGGCUCAAUUUAUUGUCGGCCGUAUCAUCAUUGGAUACGCCUGUGGCCUCGGAGGCGUUGUUGCUCCUAGUUAUCUCGGGGAGGUCUCCACCAUCAGAGGUCGUGGCACAAUGGGGGCUGGCUUCCAGCUCUUGAUCGUCAUCGGUAUCUUGAUCUCCAACCUGAUCGGUCUUGGUCUCAGCAGAGCCCCUCGAUGGCGUAUUAUGUUCGCUAUCAACGGUCUCUUUCCAUUGAUCCAACUCUUUUUGCUCCCUUCCUUGGUCGAAUCCCCCAAAUGGCUCGUCAGCAAAAAUCGUCUGCCUGAAGCUCGUGAUGCCCUACAGAAGCUUCGUGGACAGGCUUCCAAUAUUGAGCACGAGUUUGCUGAUAUGGUCCGGUUGCUCUUGGGACGUACCAGUGAUGGUCACACCGCCAACCGUGCUGCUGCUGUCGCCACUCCUGAUUCUGCUGCCACCGCUGGUGUAACUCAACAAAAUGACUCUGCUUUCGAAGAGACCAAGUUUAAGGCUGAUCCAGAAGCACGCGCACCUGCUACCGGCGGUUCUCCCCACAACUACAGCAUCAGUCGCUUGUUCUCCUCUGAAUGUAACAAGCUGGCAGUUAUCGGAAUCUUGGUCCAUUUCUUCCAGCAAGCAACCGCUAUCAAUGGUUUGAUUUACUAUUCCACCUCCUUCUUGGGCGAUGUUUUUGGUGAAGGCAACUCCAAAUACAUUACCGUCGGUACAUCGUGCUGUAACUUGGUCGCAACCAUCUUGAGUGUUUACUUGAUGGAUAAAUUAGGUCGUCGUACUCUUCUGUUGAUUUCUUCCGGUGGUGUCACUAUCUCAUCCAUUCUACUAGUCAUUGGUGCCUAUCGUGAUAUCAGUGGCUUGGUUGUCGCUGGAGUCUUCUUGUUCAUUGCCUUCUUCGCUGUCGGAAUGGGUCCCAUUCCCUGGCUCUUGCUUUCUGAAUUGCUUCCAACUUAUGCACUUUCAGCUGCUUCCUCCGUCGCCACCGCUGUCAACUGGGGCACCAAUUUCGUCAUCGGUCUCGUAUUCCCUUCACUCAACGAUGGCCUUGGCAACGGUACCUUCAUUAUCUUUGCUGCCCUCACUGCUAUCCAAUUCGUUUACAUUUGGAUCUUUGUCCCAGAGACAAAGGCUCGUUCCAUCGAAGACAUUAUGGCCGAGAGAGGUGUUGCUCCUCGUUCCGACUUUAUGUAAAAAA